CAAACUUCUUUAAUCGCUGACAGAAUAAACGCCCCAGCAGUUCCGUUAUAUAAUUAAUAACUUAAUCUUGCUGCAUCCAUAGACUGUAAAGGCUGCAUCACAUCGAGAUAAACAUUUUGUGUCUGAAACACGAAGCCGGAAACAGCAGUUCUUCUCUUGUAUCCCCUCCCUCUCUGCAGAGUCAGUCUGUUGUUGACGGACCCUCCUGACAGCUGAACUCAACUUUACACAGCGCUGUGAUCUGACGGUAAAUAUAUCCUUAUGAUACAUGACACAGGGGGUCGUUCAUCGUAGAAAACAGCGAGGAACUAAACAGGGUUUAUCAGUUGACAGAAGAUGUAUUUUGCCAAACAGUUCCUCAGUGGCGUCAUUAAUGUUGUCAGCAACAUCGAUCCAGCCCAGUUUGUGCCCUCUGAACCUCCUCCACCACGCAGACCAGCAGUGUUUGCCGAGGCACAUGAGAGCGAUGAGGAGAAGCAGUUCCGCAGAGUCUUCCAGCAGCUUGCUGGAGAGGACAUGGAAGUGAGCCCAAACGAGCUGAUGAACAUCCUAAACAGAAUCGUCUCAAAGCGUGGAGACCUGAAGACGGAUGGUUUCAGCAUCGAGUCAUGUAGGAGCAUGGUGGCAGUCAUGGAUAGUGAUAGCACUGGGAAACUGGGCUUUCAUGAAUUCAAACAACUCUGGAACAACAUUAAGAAAUGGCAGGAAAUUUACAAAUCCUACGAUGCUGAUGGUUCUGGUGUCAUCGGUGCAGAUGAGCUUCCCAAGGCUUUCACAGCUGCUGGCUUCCCCCUCAACGACCAGCUGUUCCACAUGAUCAUCCGCAGAUACAGCGAUGAAGGUGGGAACAUGGACUUUGACAACUACAUUGGCUGCCUUGUCCGGCUGGAUGCCAUGUGCCGUGCCUUCAAAACCCUGGAUAAAGACAACAAUGGGACCAUCAAAGUCAACGUUCAAGAGUGGCUUCAGCUGACCAUGUACUCUUGAGUCCUGACGAUUCCUCUCCUGCUCGUCAUAGGGAACUACUUUGUUUGUCUGCACCGUGCCGAAUAUAUUCUUAUCCCUACAACUCCCUGUUACUUUGCCAACCGCUUUGUGAGUGCAGGUUUAUUCUGAAUGCAAUGCAAGUCUGUUAGUAUGUUCCAUCACACUUGCAGGUAAAAUAUGAUACUGCAUUGCUGACCCAGAAAAGCCCAAACCUGCACUUACACCACUUAGAUGGAUCAAAAUUAAAUGCCAUUGAAUACUCUUGAAAAGUAUGUAGCCAGCAAGAUUCAACUUCAGAAAAGAUAAAAGUAUGUUUGAGUGGAGGGGCAUGUUUGGCUUUUUAAAAAAUCUGCUUAAUUCUCACAGUUUAACAUGUAAUGAGAGGAGACACAACAUUAUCAAGAUACUUUGCACCCCUCCACAAUUUGAGACAUCUAAAUGUGUGUCUACUCAUGAAACAGAAAAACUCAGAUUCACCUGUAUUUAUGCUAAAAUGCUGACAUUGGACAGUAUACAGUUCAUUUGAAACAGUUAGCAUAGUGCUCUAUUACCUUUCAACUAGAAACAUAGGGAGGGACUUGUCAUGAAUAUUGAUUAGCCUUUAUAUCGCCCUAUAGUGCUGAAUGUGAGAACAUUCAAACACAAAAACACUGUGUGUCGGGGGUGGGGGGAGCAGCUGACAUAAAGUUUGCAGUGCAGGGUGGGUUAUUCAAUUUUUUUUAUAUUGUUGAGAAACUAAAGCACUCAAAUAAUUCUACAAAGAAACACAAGAAUGCUUCUUGUUCAUUGUUGGGUUAGAUACUGGUGCAUGGGUGACAAUCAGCUAUUACUAAUGUCUGUUUUGCUUUUAUAGGAAAUAAGGAAAGACCAACAUCUGUACCCACCUUAUCCUUAGGCUAGCUUAAGCCAUCUUACAGUUCAGUGCCACCUCCUGACAUAAACCGGAAAAGCCUGGUUCAGUUGUCACUGUCAACAGUCUCCUACUAGGCACAAGUUUUCUGUUAGAGUGAGCGGUGUGAAGCUGUCACAUGGGUUACACAUUUUGCUUUGAAUUUCCACCUAUACUGUAAUAUCCUCCCACCUUUCUGAUCAUAGCCUUCACAGAUCUGUCAGCAUAUGAAGACUGCUUCUUUGACAACUUCUAUCUUCUCUUGUUACACCUGUUGGGGCGGAAGUAUGUACACCUUCAACGUUCAUUGUAGGAGUUUAGUGAUGUCCAAAUUGCCAUAACACCCUCUUAUUAGCUUCUACCUAAGCUGAAAACUCCUUUGCAGUCACAUGAGUCGUUUACAGGUUGGUUGUCCCACCCUAACAGGUGCUACAAGCUAGCACAACAUUGCUCUGUCUUUACCUGCUUUUCCUAGGAAAAGGUUCAAUUUGCACAACAUCGGUAAAAAUGUGUGGGUGGAGCAUGUCCCUGCAGAGCCUUUCAGGUAUUUGGGAGAUGUAGUCUGCAUUUUUUGUUUUUACAUACAUCUGAGUUUUAAUAUUUGUUAAAAUACAUUUAAUGUGUUUGUGUAACCACGCACAAUUCAACUGAUUGGAUUUUUCUUGUUCACUAAAACAUCACAGUUACACAGCUCACCAUUUUGGUUAAAAGUGAAAGAAAAUAAAUGUUUAUUUGAUGUUUAAACUUUGGUACACCUGCAGAUCAUUGUUUAAUGAUUAGUACACUCCAUUAUUUUUGCAUCCGAGUUGCACUGUUGUUGUUUAUAGCAGUUAGGAAUCCUGAUGCUUUCUGCAGCCACUGAAUGAUCUACACAAUUAAGAAACAACAUAAACAUAUUUUUAAAGUGACCUAUUGUAAAUGUUAGUGUAUACUCAGUAUAUCCGGCUCUAUGUCUUUUCCUUAUGAGCGAAACUCACAUCCCAGGAGAGACGGUGUUAUUGGGGCAGGCUUAUAUUUUGGGAUUUUAUGUUCAAUGCUGGUUGUGCUGAAACAAUCUGUGUUUGAGUUCACUGAUCACAUAUUACUGUGUACUCUCUGAAAUGCCUGCACCAGAUAGUGCCAGCACAAAGUGUGAUCUAAUAAUAUAUAACAUAUAAGUAUGCCACUAAUGCAUGCAGCCAGUAGCAAAGAAGCAAUUAUGAAAGUUCUUAACCAUGUAGUUGUAGCCAAAAUCUUUAAACUGUUACUGAAAAUGCUUGGUCAAAUAAAUUCCUGUGCCAUAUUUGGAAUAAACAUGGUAUGUUCAA